AUGGAUCUCCGAGUUAGUAUAACCCAAAUUGAGCUGGAGUGCAUGCUAGUUGAUGAUGACGCAGAGCCCAAGGCCUUGCCAUUCCCACUAUUGGAGAAAAUAACAGAUGGUUUUUCUGAUAAGCUGGAAAUUGGAAGAGGUGGCUUUGCGGUUGUUUAUAAGGCAAUGCUUGAUAAUGGCAUUAUCGCUGUAAAGAGGAUGUCCAAUACAUACAUGUAUGAGAAAGAAUUCCACCGAGAGGUGGAAUGUCUAAUGAAGGUGAAGCACAAAAACCUCGUGCGAUUUCUGGGAUAUUGUGCUGACACCCAAGGGAAUAUGGGAAGCUACAUCGGGAAAAUGGUUAUGGCAGAUGUGCAACAAAGAUUGCUCUGCUUUGAGUAUCUACCUAAAGGAAGUCUUGAUGAUUAUAUUACAGAUUCUUUUGGAGAAUUUGAAUGGAGAAAGUGCUACCAAGUAAUAAAAGGGAUAUGCGAAGGGCUAAAUUAUCUUCACCAAAACAAUAUCAUGCACUUAGACCUAAAACCCGGAAAUAUAUUAUUGGAUGAAGAUGUGAUGCCGAAAAUUACUGAUUUUGGACUAUCAAGGUGUUUUGAGGAAGGCCAGACACGAGUCAUUACUGAAAAUGUGGGCGGAAAAAUAGGAUAUUUGGCACCAGAAUUCCAUACUGGUGAAAUCACACACAAAUUUGACUUGUACAGUCUUGGUGUUAUAGUUAUGGAGAUGUUGACCGGAAAGAAGGGGUAUCAAAGUAUUGAAGAUGUACGUGAAAGUUGGAGUUAUAAGUCAGACAUAUUGUGGUGGGAACAAAUACGAGUAUGCGCUGAGAUUGGGAUCGAGUGCACUGACUUAAACCCAGCCAAGAGGCCAGAAAGUAUGAAGCAUAUAAUUGAUAGGCUUUUAGCAGCAGAAAGUAGUACUCAGGUAAUCCCAACAGGUGGUCCCACCAGCAAGCUUAUUGUCUUCCUAAGGCUGCCAUUGUAUGGUAUUGUGCCACCUAACACCCCUUAUAUUCUCAUUGUGACAACACAAGAGAUAGAAGAGCUACCACGAAAGUGGAUCAUAGAUGUGAUCCUCGACGGUGCUACAUUAAUAUUGGGGGAUGGUGAGCAUAAAAAGACUUUCCACAGCCAGCCAGACAAGUACUUUCAGGAGAUGGGGAAUGCAGUGCAAGAGGUGGAACUAAAAGCACUUUAUACUCUACCGCGACACAUCACAACAUUGUCGUCUAAGCCAAUCCCGCCCACUAUCAAGAUAAUAUGCAAGGUAAAAGGGCUCGACCUGUAUUCCUUGGACAUAAACCAGGCCAAGCAAUGGAUAAUAAUAGGAGAAGACAGUGGACAUGUUCGCAUUUGGGAUUAUAAGACACAGGCAAGUAAAGUAGUGUUGUUUUUUUUUUCACUAAAGACUCAAUUGUUGCCUCUCGGCGUGGAUAUAUACAAUGCAUGCUUUGUUCACUCACCAUUGACUAACAUAGUAAUUUCCAUGACAGUGAAAAGUGGAUUCGCUUAA